AUGGACAGCUCUCCCGCCUCGCCUUUGGCCCCCAGGGAUCCCAGCUCCCCUGAAUCUUCGAUCGGCGAACAAAUCGCCACUCUACAGGCCCAGCUUGCCGCUCUGCAGGCCUCGCAACCCGCCGCCGCCGCAGCCGCCGCACCCCCGGCCGUCACCGUCGUGCCGGGGAACGCCGCCACCGCAUCCAAGGUCGUGUUUCCCAAGCACGCUCGUCUGGACGGCCCCAAGUCGUUCACCAACUGGUUGCGUCAACUCCGUCUUGCACUCCCGAACCAGGUUCGUGGUUACGUUCUCGACGGUGUCGUUCCCCCGACCUGGACCGCCGACCAGCUUGCCGCACGUGACGACGCCGCCCGGGAAAUCAUCGUUGGCUCUAUCGACUCCGCCGACGUAUCGGCCACCCUCGACGCCAUCCCCAGCGACGACCUGUCGGCACCGCGCAUCUUUGCCGCUCUCAAGGCUCGUUUUGCACCGGACGACGCUACACGCACUCUCGAGUUGUUCGCUCGCCUUUGGGACUUCAGGAAGAUGCCUGCCUCCGUCGAGGCCUACGACACUUGGCUACGCGAGUACAUGUCGAUUGCUCAGGAAAUACGCGACGCCAAAACAUCGCUCAACGACGUGCUCGCCACCCACGUGCUCGCCAUGGUCCCGUCUUGCCUCGACAGCUUCCGACUCACGUUCACGGACGAGCAGCGAAACCGACGCGACCUUCCCGAACUCACGACGCUUACGGACCGCAUUCGCAUCCAGCUUCGUUCGGCAGGACUCUCGACCUCGCAUUCGGCCAUGCUUGCCACCAGCUCCCCCUGCCCCGCCUGCCGCGCUCCCGGUCACCGCCUGCGCGACUGCACUUCACGUGCGAAGCACCCGCCCACCGGCCCCUGCCGCCGAUGCCACAAGAAAGGUCACUGGGCACUCGACUGCAAGAACCGGGGUGAACAGGCACGUAGCAGCGACGACACCCAGGACGACACGUCUUCCUCCGCGGCCUCGCAACCGAACGUCGGCUAUUUCGCCUCCUGCCUCUUCGCUCGUCGCCAACUCCCAACUGACGCCUUUGUAGUCGAUUCGGGUGCCACGACACACAUGGUCGCCGACCGAUCUCUAUUCACGACUUAUCGUCAGACGGCACACACCAAGAUCGGCGGCAUCGCGGGCGGCAUCACGGCUAUCGGCAUGGGGGACGUGGCAUUCGUCGCCAAGACUGGACACCCGAUCACGCUCCGUGGUGUUCUUCACACGCCUGGCCUACACGUCAACCUCCUCUCUGUCUCUCGCCUCUGCGACACCGACCGCGUUCGUCUCGCCUUCACCAGCGACGGCAUCGACAUCGCCAAGGACGGCCGGGCCAUUGCUCACGGUACCAGGGUCAACGACGGUCUUUACCUUUUGGACGCGGAUCACACCAAGUGUCAGCAUCUUGCCUUCCUCUCACGCUCUGAGUCUCCCGUGCCCCUGCUUACCCUACACCGCUGCCUCGGCCAUCUUGCCCCAUCCUCUAUACAGAAGAUGAUUGCUGCAGGUUUGCUGGACGGGUUUGGGGCCGGGUACAGUGACAAAGACGUAGAGGAGUUUGUUUGCAAUGCUUGCCUUGGUUCCAAAGGUCACCGCCUUCCCUUUCCCGACUCUGAGUCGCAUUCCGCCGAGAGACUUGGCCUCGUGCACAGCGACGUCCUGUCGUUCCCCACUCCGUCCUUGACCGGGAAGCGCUACCUUGUCACGUUUCUAGACGACCACUCUCGCAAACUCUGGGCAUAUGCGAUCGAUCACAAAAGCGAUGUUUUCCCGACCUUCCAGACUUGGCUCGCCGAAGUGGAGUUAGAGACGAACGCGCGGUUGAGGAUCCUUCGAACCGACAAUGGCGGGGAGUACCGAUCAAACGCAUUCACGGAGUUCUGCAAAUCCAAGGGCAUUCGUCGUCAAUACUCUAUCCCUUACACGCCUCAACAAAACGGUCGCGCCGAACGUGUCAACCUCUCCAUCGUCGAGGGCGUCCUCGCUCUCCUUGCGGACGCCCGUCUGCCGGCCACCUUUUGGGAUGAAGCGGCUGCGUAUUUCGUUUAUUGCAAAAACAGGUGCUCACACUCAGCUUUGGCCAAACAGACUCCAGAAUCCGUUUGGAACGGCCAACGCACCACCGCCACCGCCCUCCACCCGUUCGGCUGCACAGCCUGGCUCACGGUCGCCCCGGACCUUCGCAGCAAGCUCGACCCCAAGGCCGCGCGCGUGAUCUUCACAGGUUACGACCUCGCCUCCAAAGCUUUCCGUUUCUUUGACCAUUCCAUCAACAAGAUUGUACUUGGUCGCAAUGCCACCUUCCUCGACGACGACUUCCCCGGCCUGCCAGUCACCACGCCCGUCGAUGCAGACGACACCGACCGUCAGUUCGUCGUUCCCGCCGACACGCCCGCCCCUGCCGUCAAGACGAGGACCCCACUAGUAAGGUCGGCGCACAUGGACGUCUCAUCCUCCCUUGAUGAUUCUGCCAUGAGCGCCGUUGACGUGGCCCCAGGGUACACUGGCGGAACCUUACUUAAUUCCACAGAUACCGAAUCGUCCUCGUCACCGUCUCCUGAGCCGUCCUCGUCACCGUCGCCCACAAACCCUUUGUCACCGUCGCCUGCGCUGUCACCGUCGUUGGCAGCGUCAUCGUCACCCUCGGUCUCACCGACCGACUCUGACUACUCCGCCGACCCUCUGGACCUCAUCGGCUCACAGACCCCGACUCGCCUUGGCCCACCGGACGUGCACCGCCCAGACUUCAGCACGUACCGUGAGCCCGCAUCGGCUGAGGAGUCGCCCGACGAACUCGACAUCAUUGGGCGUCACUCGCGCGAUGAAUCGCCGGAUGAAAUCGAUUUCCUCACCCAACACCACCGCGCCUUCAUCGCCACAGACGACGACGACCCCACCCUCGACGCCAUCGAGCCCGUCAAAUCGAUCACUAGCGACCCCCAGACCUGGCGCGAAGCAAUGUCCAGCGACGAGCACAACAUCUGGGCUGAGGCCGCCGCCGCCGAGUUCACCGCCAUGCGCGACGACUUCAAGGUGUUCACCAUCGAGCCUCGCUCAUCUGUACCGCCGGGCGCCACCAUCGUCACCUCCAAAUUCGUCUGGAAGACCAAGCGCAACGCAAGCGGUGAAGUCACGGGGCGGAAGGCACGUCUUGUAGCGCAGGGUAACCGACAGCGCGACGGCAUCGACUUCUCAGAAACCUUCGCACCCGUCGCCCGUUUCUCCUCCAUUCGCUGCCUCCUGGCUCUUGCCGCUGCCAAUGGCUACCACGUUCAUCAGGCCGACAUCGACAAGGCUUACCUCCACGGCGAGCUCGAUCAUGAUAUCUGGAUGACGACACCACGCGGUUUCGACUUCCCGAGCGAUAAGGUUCUCCGGCUGCGACGCUCAAUCUACGGUCUCAAGCAGGCCGGUCGCAUCUGGAAUCGUCACAUUGACACAUCACUCAGGAAUCUGGGGUACAAGGCAACAGGCACUGAUCACUGCAUUUACUCUCGCAUUGACGAUCAGCAGCGGCCUCACUAUAUCGCCUUGUAUGUCGACGACCUCCUCAUUGUCAGUCCAGCCCUCGACGAGAUCGAACGUGUCAUCUCCGGCCUUGAACAGCGGUACGGCGUCAAACGACUCGGCCCCGCGGAGUACAUCCUCGGAAUCCAAAUACGCCGCCUGGACGACGGUUCCAUUGCUCUAUCCCAGGAGCGCUACAUCAUGGACGUGCUGGCCCGUUUCCACUUCGACACCACGACACGCGGCACUACGGUGCCGAUGACGCCCGGCCUCUCGCUCACGGCAAUUCCGGGUCAGGGAACGGAGCGCAUUCGUUCGUGGUACCUACAGGCCAUCGGCUCCCUCCUCUACAUCUCCCUUGGCACUCGACCCGACAUUGCCUUCGCCGUCUCGUACCUGUCCCGGUUCGCCAACAACCCCGGCCGCCGCCAUUGGAUUGCCGUCAAACACGUCCUUCGCUACCUUCGCGCCACGUACCGCGAUGAGCUUCUCUAUGCCCGCGGCCCAGCAAAAGUCACGGGUGUGGUUGGUUAUUCUGAUGCGAACUGGGGCGCCUGCGUCGACACAUCCAUUUCAACGAUGGGCUACGUAUUUUACUUGGCAGGCGCCGCUGUCUCUUGGUCGUCGAAGCGUCAGACUCGGGUAGCGGAUUCCACCACUGAUGCCGAGUACCUGGCCUUGUCGCACGCGGGUAAGGAAGCGAUCUACCUUAACCAACUCCUCUCCGAGCUCCACGUUUGCCCAAUCGCUGCAGCUCACAUCUUCACCGACAACGAGGCCGCGGCCGCCGUCGCUCACGACCCCGUUCGCACCUCCGGCACCCGGCACAUUCGCCUCCGCGAGCAUUUUGUCCGUGACAUGGUCAAUCGAGGUGAUAUCUCUCUCUCACACGUUGGCACAGCAGACAUGGUUGCGGACGUAUUCACCAAAGCGCUAGGCCCCAAGAUUUUUGGUACACAUUGCUAUGCUCUAGGCCUCCGGACGCGACAUCCACGGCUCAAGUCUACCUCGCGUUCGCGUGGGGGGGGGUGUGAGGAAUCCACUCUCCGCUCGGCUCAGGACUUAGGCGCGCGGAGCGAACCGGGCGCGGACUUAGGCGCGCGGAGUGAGCCGGGCGCCCCGGCCCAGGACUUAGGCGCGCGAAGCGAGCCUGGGACUUAGGCGCGCGGAGCGAGCCUGGGCCAUUGGCUCAGCCCCAGGCUCGCUGGCUGUGGACUUGGGGCGCGCGGGUCUCUUAUUGUUAGCUUCCUAUUCAUCACUCUUGGCUAUAACUACAUCGCUGACGUAGUAGAGUAUUCGAUCAACUCUACUACGUCAGCGAUGUAGUUAUAGCCAAGAGUGAUCAAUGCAUUUCAACAUACCUAUUCGAUCAACUCUACUACGUCAGCGAUGUAGUUAUAGCCAAGAGUGAUGAAUAG